AGUUGCGCAAGGCCCUGCCAAAUGGGCUCUACGGUUGUGUGAAAAUGCUCCGAUCCAUGCGCUAGCCUCACUCAACUAAAGCGAAGCACGAGCACCUCCCUCCCGUUCUCUCUCUAAAACCGCAAAACAAACCCAACUCCCAACAACACAACAGAACAGGUUGGACCUACCGAUCGAUGGCGGUGAGUGUGAUGAAACAUUCUUGAGAGAGAGAGAGAGAGACAAUCUUCUUCGCUUCGGUUGUAAAGAAAGAAGGAAAGAAGGAGGAAGAAGAAAGAAAGAAAUUGUGGUGUGGUUUUUAAAAUCAAGAAACAGUAUGAUAAGGUCAAUUCAAGUUGAAAGUCAUAUACUAAUUGAAAGGGAGUGGUUGUGAUAUAUAAGGAAAAUGUCUGAAUUGGUGGCCCGCACUGGUCGUCAUCAGCAGCGUUAUGAGGAUGGUUGCCGUUUGGUUGCCGGGUGUAUUCCUUUCAAGUAUAGAAUUUCUGAAGAAAAUAGUGGUGCCACAUCAGGCAAUAUUGUUGAGGUACUAAUGAUCAACUCAACUAGUGGACCAGGUCUUCUGUUUCCAAAGGGUGGAUGGGAAAAUGAUGAAACUGUUCAGCAGGCAGCAGCACGUGAAGCGUUAGAAGAGGCUGGAGUGCGAGGAGAUUUAAUGCAUUUUCUGGGGUACUACAAAUUCAAAAGCAAAACACUCCAAGACGAGUUCAGUCCUGAAGGCUUGUGUAAAGCUGCCAUGUUUGCUUUGCUUGUGAAGGAGGAGCUAAAGUCUUGGCCAGAACAGAGCACUCGCCAAAGAAGUUGGCUAACAAUACCUGAUGCUAUCAAGUGUUGCCGGCAUCCAUGGAUGCAAGAGGCUCUUGAGGAAGGUUUCUCCAAGUGGCAAGCUGAUGGUAUGAUGUGCACUGUGAAGGAAGAAGAUGAACAUCUUGUUCCUUGAUCUGCUCUCUAGCUCUCACGACCAACAUUGAUUAUGUUUCCAAGAUGCAUACCUAAAGAAACAUUUUGGAGCUGAUUUUGCUGCAUUCUUUAUUUUUAAAUUUUCCAUUUUUUUCGGUGUAGGAGGUUAGAAAGGAUACAAAGCAGUGCUGUUCUAGAUUUACAACAUUGUUUAAUGGGAAUUUCAUUUUGGUGCUA